CGUUGACCGCGAAAAAAAAGGACCAUCAACAAUCAACAACACGCAUCACAGCAGCGAAUAAACAGUCUUCACAUUACAUUUCUUCCAACUCACACUCUUUUCAAGAAAUUUUUCAAGAUGAAAGCUUCCUUCAUUCUCGCUCUUACUCCUCUCCUGGCCUCUGCAGCACGGGUCAGCACACGCGCUUUGGAAGCCAGAGGCACCGAAGCCAGGGAGUUUCAUUGCAAGGGUAACAACUUGGAUGUGGGUCAUCUCGAGAAAGCUAUCGAUGAGCUUGUGAAGGACAUCGGUUCGGCAGAUGGUUGGCUCAAUGGAGAUUUUGUAUCCGCCGAGGGAAUCUACGAGGACACCAAGAUCUACAUCUGCAAUUACAACGGGGCGGCCGGAAUCAAAUACGAUAGAGAUCGCAUCGUCAAGCAAUUGGCUAGACUGAGUGCUGCUUGUGAGCACCCUUCUGAAUCUGGAUGGAUCCAGGAAGCGCCGCAGUUUGGAAAUAUUGGACGGGAUCACAGGGACUAUGUGUACUGCGGAGAUCUCCGUGGAGAAGACAAGAAGAAGAGGUCAGCGGAGCCUCUUCAGAUCGAAUAG